CCAGCCGGUUUCUGAGGGGCGGCAGCGAGGGCCCGGCGGGAAGGGCAUUUCCACAGUGGGGGCGGCACUUAGCACGGGUGAGCGUCAGCAUCUCUUUGGAGGGCUUACCCCGCCUUAGGGGCCGGCGGCGCGGAACGGCUUUGAGCCCAGUGCUCUUCCUCUCCUCAGAGCUAGCAGUCCUGAGGGGGAGUUGCGAAGGCCCAGUGGCCGGCUGAUCUAGGGGAGGAGAAUGGACUAUACUACUUUUUUAUUUUGUGAUCUGAAAGAAUAAUAUUUGGUGUAAUGGCAACAGGAGACCUAAAAGGAAGUUUAAGAAAACUAGAACAAGGACUUCGUUUACUGAAUUAUCCAAGAGAUGUGGAUUAUACAGUGUUAGUAAAGGGUGACCCAGCUGCAUUUUUACCUAUCAUCAGCUACUCUUUUACAUCCUUUUCAACUCACAUAGCAGAACUUUUGGUGAAGUGUGAUGUGGAGCUUACAGCAAAGAGUGACUUGCGUUUUAUUGAAGCCAUUUAUAAGCUGCUUCGAGAUCAAUUUCAAUAUAAACCAAUUUUAACGAAACAGCAGUUUCUUCAAUUUGGCUUUGCAGAAAGGAAAAUGCAGAUUGUUUGUGACAUUAUCAACUGUGUGGUGAAAAAGCAUAAGGAAUUAAGUAACUUGAAAAAGGUUAAAUCCCAAACAAGGAAAAAGCUCAGGUCUUUUAAGUAUGAAGUAUGGCCGAAUUGGGAUAAUGUCCUUACUGAUCCUAGUGGGAGUGCUCUGAACUCCAAACAGACGCCUCAAGUAGAACGGCACUCAGGCAAUGAAGUUAGUUGUGACCUUCAUCCACUACCCCUCCCAGCACAGGGAGGUCAUGAAGAAGAAUUGUAUCUAGAUCAUGAUGCUGCGGAAGUUAAACAUGAACAAGUUAUGGAAGAUAAUUCAGAGAUUGAAUUCCUAAAGAUUCAGCUUGCUGAUUGCCAGGAAAAGCUUUACAAGCUAGGUUGGAUGGAAGAGAAGCUACAUGUUUUAGAAGAGAAACUGGAAGGAAAGGUGAUCAUAGAUGAGAAGGACUGGAAUGACUUGUUGAGUAGAGUUUUGCUUCUUGAAACAGAGCUAACAUUGCAGUCAAAAAAGAAUAUACCUACAGAGUUCAGCAAUAUAAAUCAAGAAUGUAAUUCCAGUAGGAUUCCAGUUUCUCUUGAUACAGAGAGGAAGAAGGAGAUGCCAGAGAGUCUUCAUCAGUCAUCAAGACACAGUUCACUGUUAUCCACAGACCCAUCUCCCAAAGCCAUGACCAUUAAUUCUCAUCAUCUGACAGACAUUUCAAAGGAGACAACAAGGCAAAGAAUGGAAAGGAUAAGUAAAAUAAUCGAGGAAACCUCAGAAUUGUUGAAAAUACCCAGCAACACCUCUGAGAAGACCUAAAAGCACAGGUCCUGUUUUCUGUAGACAUAUUAAUAUCAAAACUAGUAUGUGUUUGGGCAACAUUACUUUUUUAAUGUAACAAAUCAGUAGUGACCAUUAGUACUUAAAGUUAUGGAAUAAAUAUUUGCUAAUGCAUCUGUGUAUUGAUUUCCCUACCUACCUCCGGUACCAGUUUUUGGUUUUAAAAACUUCAAACAGUUUCCACCUCAGUUUGUGAAGUCAUUAAAGCAGUGUAUUUUUGUGUUGACAUUUGUUAGCAGUGUGCUAAGUAAUGUGUUUUUUGAAGUGCAGGCUUGAGUAUGUUGGUUUACAUCCUGUUGGAAACAUUCCAGCUGGGACCUCAGUAUUACACCCAAGAGGCUUCUUUACAUACCAUCUUACCAUCUGUACUGUUGAAUAAGUUUUAACAAAAACUUAAAUACACAAUUUCAAAUGUG